AUGCUGUCCGCCUCGCCCGUCCUCCCGACGGUCGGUUCGCUGAACCGGCCCGUUGAAGCGCCGACGGCCUACGUCGCCUCGAUGCUCCGCCAGCGGCCGCCGCCGCCGCCGCCGCCACCGCCACCACCACCGCCGCUGCCGCUCACCCAAGCCCAGCCAAUCACCGCCGAGUCCGAGACCGGACUCGCCGAUUCGACGUCGGCAGGUCAGACGGAUCGACUGACCGACGCGCAACCAACAACCUCGGCCCGGCUGAAACGAUGCGCGCAUGCGACCACACGACUGGCCAGACUCGAGCCGCGGUUGCCGGCGAAACGAAGUCAUUUCGACCCGACCGACGAGAGUGGUCUGAACGAGGAUGAGGCGGAAGGGGAGGCGGAGGCGGAGGCGGAGGUGGAAGUGGAUGGGCCAGAAGGGGUCACCGAAGCCGAGCGAGACGAGAGACACGAGGAGCCUGCCAAGUGGUACCACGGGACCUUGCAGUCGGAUUGGUCGAAAGCCGGCCUCGACGCUGCUCACCCGAGCUCGGCCUCGAAAGCCCGUUUCCCAUCCUCUCUCGCGUCGCUAAGGCCUCGUGCAAUCGGCCACACCAACAGCAUCAAUAGCAGCAACACUGUGAAAGCAGGCGAAGAGGUCUUAGGGCUGAGACGGUUGCCGGGGAAACAGGAGGACAGAACUGAGGCGAGGGGAAGUGUUUGCAGGCGAGCGGAAUGUGUUGACGACGCUGUGGUCGAGAAAGAGGACGAAGAAGAGAAUGUUGAUGAAGAAGCCGAAGCAGACGACGACGACGACGAAGAAGAAGAAGAGCCGGCGUCAGGCCAAGGCGAAAAGGAGGGGCGCGAGUUGUACAGGCCCGCCUACAGAACGAGGAGAACGUCUGUGGAAGGAGUGAAAGAAGAAGAGGUGGAGGAAGAGAAGCAGCCCAGCCUCAAAGUGAGUCAAGUGGAAGCUACCAGUCUCGAGUCGGUUGGAGUAGCCGCCUUCGGGAUGCCUAUCAACGCCACUGAGCUGCAGGAUGAGGUGGCCCGGUUCGAUAACGACUCGCCUGACAACAUACUUACAGGACAAUUGAUUGUCCACCCGCAGUCGGAUACCUUUGACGCCGAUGAGGUGAGUCCUACCCACAAACACACAUACAUGCAUACACAUAAGUCGGGGUGGAAACACGCCUAG